CUUAAUCAACGAAAGAUGGAUCAGAACACCUCCUUGCUCGAAGCCAUCAUCUUACCUCAAGCCCGCUCUCUUCGCCCCGGUAAAGGCAAAGUAACCCUCUCACCCGGCAACACUUCACAAGUGGGUCAUUCGCACGACAUCUUCAUAGUGACUCUAGCAGAUGGCUCCAAAAUCAUCGCUCGUCAAAUCUGUUUCUUGGAUUCGCUGGCUGGGUUUCUGGUUGAGUUGUGGUCGAUCCCAGGUUUAGGGUGUGUUGGGGCAGAAACACCGAAUGUACCAUACUCGAAGUGGUUGCAAGACAUGCUUGACAGAGCUAUCAAGAGAUGCAUAACAGGCACCGGUAAAUGGGGCACUACACGCGAUUAUCUGGUUAUGAGGUCGAUGAUCGGCUACUACGCUUACGACUACGACUAUAUCGCUGAGUACGGAAUCGCACAUGGCGAUUUGCAUGCAAACAAUAUCAUGGUAAACGACUUGUUACAACUGACUGGGUAUGUGUCAAAUUGCAUACCACCCCACACAUUCAUCAAACAUCGCAAAUUCAUCACCACUGAUACACAAGACUCAACAGUNGUUGUCGACUGGGAUUGGGCUUUCGAAGCUCCUCUCCCAGCAAUCGUCCAAUUCCCAUGGUUCAUUGCCGAUGUACCUGGUUGGCAUAACGAUGGCACAAGUCCUGGAGAUUCCUUCCGCGAAAACAGAGAUUAUCUGGUGCAAACCUUGAGAAUUGCAGAGAUGUCCAAGACUGGAAGUGACAAGUUGUCUAUCUUGCUGGCUAGCGCGAGGGAGCGGCAGAUCUUCCAGUCGGCCAUCAAUUUUAGAGACAUACAUAAGGAGUUUGUCGCUGGGGAUCAGAGGUUCCAGGUUGCACGAAAAGAGGAUAUGAGACCUGAGCUGGAAGCUUUCUUGGUGAAGCAUCCAGAUCUGAGGGAUGCGUGUGAGGUUAAGCUGAUCAUGGCAUCGAUGCAAUGA